UUUCUUUUUGGACGACCGUUGGAGAGGAAAAGGGGACAUUUUGGGAAUUCUCGCUUGAAAGGCACAGGGGACCAGCGGCGCUUACCUUCCCUUGGCGGCCGAGCAAGAGAAUAAGUGAGCUCAGAAUUACCACAGCUCUCCCACAUUCCUUGGCUUUGAGUUCUUCCGAAAGACGUGGUCAAAAGGAAAAGGGAGCAGGGAAAAAUGGCAUCCCUUACCCCAGGAGUACUAAUAAAGCUUCUCAAGAACAUAAAUUCUGAUGUAAAAGUCUGCGGAGAAUACCGGUCCAUUCUUCUACAAGUGAUCAGCAUUGUGCCCGCUAUAACUGGCUCAGAGUUGUGGCCAGACCAUGGAUUCUUCAUCAAAGUUUCUGAUUCUUCCCAUUCCACUUAUGUUUCUCUGUCAAAAGAUGACAAUGAGCUUAUCUUGACAAACAAAUUGCAACUUGGACAAUUUAUAUAUGUCGACAAAAUAGAGGCUGGGACCCCAGUUCCUGCUCUUGUAGGUGUGCGGCCGGUGCCUGGGAGAAACCCCUGCAUUGGGAAUCCUAAGGAUCUAAUGCAUAUGAUAGUACCUUCUGAUAUUCCACAAGCACAGGAUAAUGAAGCAAACACUUUCAAAUCAAGUGACUUAUCUGAGGGAGAGAAGGAAAGCCCAAAACGUAGAGUGGUUAUUAAGGAGGAGAAGGUUGUUGUUGCUUCUCGAUACAUGCAGGGUAUCUCAAGCACUAAUAUAAAGAGUGCUGGCUUGGAUUCUAAUGCUGCUGGCGAUAAAGUUAAUGGAAAUGCAAGUGAUGUUGAGCCACAGAAGAAGAUUGUUUCUUCUAAAAGCAAGCAAGAGCUAAAAUCUCAGGCAUGGCCUUCUACUACUACCUCUUGCAAUCAGAAUAACAUAAAAGUGAAGCAAGAGCCUUCUGAGGGAAGUCAAAAGGAGUCCCCAACACUCCGCAAUCAGAGCAUUGCUGUAAAAGUGAAGCAAGAAUAUAUGGAGGGCAAUCAGAAAGAGGCUUCAACACCGACAAAGAACUCAUCAACUAAAAAUACUUCCAUCGUAAAGCAGAGGACACCCUCCAACUUCCAUUCUUCGUUGAACAAUAGUAAAAGAAGACUUGUGGAUAGCAUACCUUGGGACUCUCUUCCUGCCAACCUAAUUAAACCUGGGAAGGGAAUUGUGAGAAGGAAAAAUAUAGCUUUUCUUGUAGCAGCCGAGGCUCAGAGAGAAGCAACUGCAGCUGCAGCUCUUGUCAAGGGCCUGAGCAUAUUUGCUGAUCUACGCAAGUCUGCUACCGAGGAUAAUCCCCAUGUCUCUCUUACAAAGUUCUUUUCACUUCACCGGCUCAUAGAUCAACCAAACGUCGCCAUUCAGAAAGAUUACUCCUUUCAGAUCCAUAAAGAAGCACCUUCAGAUAAAGCAAAGUUGAGCAGAAAAAAUUCACUACCUAACAGUAGAAAUGUUAUAAAUCCUCCAAAGUUUUCAGAGGAAUCUUAUGGAAAUGAAAAACUAGAGUGGGCAAGAGGGGAUGGUUUCAAAGAGAUACAAGAAGUCAGGGCUACUCUCAGGAAGGAAACACAAUCAUGGUUUUUGAAUUUCUUGGAAGGUGCCUUGGAUACUGGAUUCCAUGCAGAGUCCAGAGUAAAGAAGGGCACAAAAGACCGUGCUGCAGUCCACUCAAAGGAAUCAGAUGAGCGAAUUGCAGUCACACUGUCACAGUUAAAGGAUGCAAAUGAUUGGCUGGAGCAGCUCAGCAGUGAGGUGGGCACUGAAGCGGAGACUAUUGAUCGGUUGAAGCAAAAGAUCUAUGCUUGCUUGCUUGGCCAUGUGGAAUCAGCUGCAUCAGCUCUUGAAAGCCGAAGCAAUUGAUAAUUUGUUUGAAUCAUGCAGGCAAGAUGAUCGCUUUUAGCCAUUGAAACUACUAGCCUGCAAAUUCCACAAUGGACUGCUUUCAUAUUUGUACGUUGUACAUAUUCUUCGGUGAUCAUGCAGGCCUAAAAUGCUAUUGUCUGUAUAUUCCAAUAGAAGAGUGUAUCAGAAACUCUGUUUUCUCACUCAGAAAACUUAAGGCCUUUUUUGGGCUCCUCAGAAGGAAGAUGGUACUAUUUAUGUAUUUCAAUUAUUCUUGUAAAGUUAUUCUUUCUUCA